GUUUAUUUUCCCGGCAUCUUCCCGCCAUAUUUGAAUAACGGAGAUUUCAAGAUUUAUUUAUUUGUUUAUUCAUCAAAAAAUGGUUGAAAAUCCGAGGGUAACCGAUGAACAAAAUGGGGCAGUGAUAACUGAAGAUGAAGCGGCGUUGUAUGACCGACAGAUCCGACUCUGGGGACUUGAUGCUCAAAAAAGGUUAGAAAUAUCGAACGUGUUUUCGUGUCGUUAAGAUUCAUUUAAGCUUAUAUUCGAAAGCUUUUGUACUGUAUGCUGUUGAAAAUUUCGUGCAAAAUUAUGAUAAUUCCAUGCUUAAUAUAAAGAUAAACAUAUUGAUUUGAUCGUUUACCUAUUUGUGUUGUUUUGUGUUUUGUGUAUUUCGUGUUUUGAAGACUAGACCCUUUUAUGAGCGUAAUGACCGGAAGUAUACAUGAGAUUCUAUACCCAAAGGGUUAAGCCCCGGUCUUUAUAUAUGUGAUGUCAAUACGCAAGUGAAGCGGAUACGUUUCCAUGUGACUGAACAACUGGCCAUAUCUCUAACAUGCAGCACAAACUAAUGCAGCUGUAGAAUGCACCAAUUUGCUACGCAUUGUAAGGUCCCAUGGAGGGACUCCAUAGAGAAAGGGGCAGAAAUGCUUUGAUCAGUGUGAGAUUCUGAGAAAUUGCCGCAUACCCCUCCCCCAACGCAACAUUUUGUCCUAAGGGAAGGGGUAGGUGGGAAGUUUCCCAGAAUAUUAUACUACUCCAAGUACUAAUCAUAAAUUUAGAAUUGAACAUCUAAAGGAGACCAACCUGGGUGUGGUAUUGUAUAAUCAGCUGCGUAAAAGACAUUUUUGAGUGCUUUCCUCCAUUUUUUCUUCCUAUCCUUUCUGUAUACAUAGCCUAAGCAAUAACUGCUUACAUAAAAAUGUUGGUAUUUUGUCCUGCGCAGCCUAAGUGGUACCAGAAUAAUAUAACUAUGGUAUAAUUUACACCCCUAUACAAGACAAUAAACCUCCCUCUUUGUUUUGGAAUUUUGUUCUCAGAGCAGGGUGACAUGUUUACUGUAACCAUGCAUGAACUUCAUUCAUACUAUUUUCCAGGCAAAAACAGUUAGUACUAAUAGAUGUGGGGUUGGAGAGUGUAAGCAUUAUUAAAUCUGUGUGGAGUCUAGCCACAAAUCAAUUCAGUCACAUUGGCCGUUUUCAGACUAGAGACAGAUUAUCCAUCUGUCUUUGACGGAUAAUCCAUCUUCAAAAUACCUCAAAAUUUUUCAGAAAAACAGAUGAAUAAAGUCAGGCGGAUUGUCCAUCCAAAAUUAAGACUGUUCCAUUUUCAAAUUAAGAUGUAUAGUCUGUCUGACAUGAAUGGCUAAUGGACGUUUUAUUACUAUUUGUAAUGAGGUUAUAAUUAAUAAGUGUAUCAGCAUGCCAUAGCCUUAAUUAAACAUUUUCUUUUAGGUUACGAGCAUCCCGUGUUUUGCUGGUUGGUAUUAAAGGACUAGGUGCUGAAAUCUGUAAAAAUCUUGUGCUUUCCGGUGUGAAGUCUGUUACAAUUGUUGAUCCCGACCCUGUGAAUGAAGAAGAUUUUGUGUCACAGUUUCUAGUACAGCGGCAGGACUUGGGAAAAAAUGUGAGUGUUUUGAGUCCAGGUUUUACGUUCUUUUCCUUUUAAAGAUAUUGUAGUUUUGUAAACAUUUGGAUCGGUUUGUGUCUAAUGUUUAUGUUGUGGUUCAAUUUUAUUUUUGGUUUAAAUUUUAUUUUCCUGUGCUUUAGACUCAUUAUCAUACAUUACCACACCCCAAAGCAAAGGGAAAUAAAAUUUGAACCAAGGAUAAAAUUGAACCACAACAUCUUUCUUACAGGUCAAAAUUAAAUUUGAGUGAAAAUUUUUUAACCUUAGUUGAUUCUUGAGAAUCAACCAAGGUAAAAAAAAAUUUCUUCUGAAUUUAAUUUUGACAUGUAACAUCUACACCUCAAACUUUAUCCAAAACUAAUCAGAUCUUGGGGGUUGAAGGAUUAUUUUAGGAUUGUACUCCAGCUCACCCAAGCCAACCUGUUCCAUCUUGUCAUGGACCACCUGACCAAUAUUCAUUCCCAUACCUCUUUCAGCUGGGCAAAGGGGGGUGACAACAUUACAUGUACCAGUAUGUUAUUUUGUUUGCUGUCUGUUGGUAGCGUGCCGAGUCUUCACUCCAGCGUGCCCAGCAGCUGAAUCCAAUGGUUGAAGUAACUGCUGAUGUUGAGGGUAUCUCUAACAAAGAUGACAGUUUCUUUCAGCAGUUUGACUUGGUUGUGGCAACAAACUGCUCUGCAGAUCAUUUGGUAAUGUAAUUCAUCAUGUUAAGUAAAUACUGACCUACUUUGUGAUUCAUGUAAUAAUAAUUAUCUUUAAAAAAUAUCCUAGUGUUUCUGUCCAGCCAGUCUUGUUGUCUGCCUUCUUGAAUAUAGGGAGCUCACAGAACCACAACGGUGGUUGCUGCAAAAAACAUCACUUCAAAAGUGGUCAGCAAAAAUAUUACUGACAGAAAAUAACGACCUUUAUCUUUUUGGGGCUUUUCCUCUAGACACGAAGCAAUACCUUCAUUGAUAUUAUGAGGAAGACAAUCAGAAGAGCCUUUCUGCCCAAGAGACCACAGGCUGUAGGCAGGGUCUAAGUUAGCUGCAAUGUGCCUAAUGAAGAUGGUGCUUAUAUUGUGUAUAUUUUUUUCCUAGAUUCACAUUAAUGAAGUGUGUCAUGCAAAUGGCGUCAAGUUCUUUGCUGCUGAUGUUUUUGGCUUCUAUGGAUUCAUGUUUGCUGAUCUUGGAAAACACAAAUACGUUGAGUAUGUAUUAAAAUUUAGUAUGGUGCAUUCCUUUUGUUGCACACAAUACCUCCAAUCUGUCUACUGUACCUUUUCAGUGGCAAAAUAAUAAAAUUUAUUAUUGAAAUGUUGUUGUUAUCAGGGAAAAGCCCAAGGUCAUUAAGGCAGCCGAAAAGAAAAAUACCAGAUCAGAUGGGGAACCAGAGGCCAAGAGGCAGAAAAUUGAUGUGAAUGAAACCACUGUGGUACAAGAGGUAAUAAUACACACAGCAGCAAAUUACGACAAUUUCUGAAGUCAACUCUCACUUAACCCGUAUGCCCCAGAAUUGCCCAUACCUGACUGAUGGAACAGUCACUGUUGAAAAACUAGCCUGUGAAGAGUCUCCCAAUUGUAAAAAAGAAAAUCACAAGCUGAGCAUGACAUGGGAGAGAAAAAAGGCAGGGGAGCCUGUAGACUUUGUUUCAAUGCCACCCAUCCGUGAUUCCAGAUUCGUGCAUGAUUGGUCAGAUCGCUGACUGUUGACAAGACAUUAGUGAGUGAUGAAUAAUACCUGCGUGCGUGUGAAUGUUAUUAAAGCCGAUGCAUUCAAGCAUAAAAAACAUCAUAAUUUGACAGCUGGUCUAAUUACCUUAUAAUGACAUUUCACAUAAAAAUGUGUUACAGGAUAAUUGCAAGUGGGCGGAUUGAUGGCAUCAAAACGAUUAAUUCUACAGGCUCCCAAAUCUUUUUUUUCUCCCAGGCCAUGUUCGACUUGCUUUACUUGCCUAUUGUCUUUUUCACCCUGUUCAACUUGGGAGCCUGUUCGCAGGUUAUAGUAUUAUUACUAUUUAGUUAUUCUGAUUGCUGUUUUCAUUAGUUUGCAGAGUUCUUCAGAUUAAAAGCUGCUCUGACAGCAAAACUGGAUAACAAACCUGCAAAGAUUUUAAAAAGAUUACCCUCUGUAUAUUUUAUAGUAAAAGGUUAGUACAGUUUAAAUUGAACAUUUUUAUAGUCCACUUUUUGCACUUCAUUAGGAACUGCUGAUUCAAAAGUUACAUGUAGAAGCACCUUGUACAGCCCAAUUAUAAAUGGUACCUCACAAUCAGGGAUGUACCAGUCAGUAGCUUUCAUCUGAAUGGUUACAGUUAGAAUUUCAUGCAAACCCCCUUGGACAGUGAAGGUGCUUAUAGCACAAUAUUGAAUAAGGAUUGGUCUCCCAGGCAGGAGGGCAUGGAGUGAAACCCAGGCUGGAGCAACACCUGUGCGCUGUCCACAAAAAUGCACAUUUUUUAAACAACUUUUUUUUGGCAGGAGUCAGCCUUCUGUCCAAGCGCAACCACUGAAACGACUCACCAAAAAGGGGGUCUAAGGGAAUAAUACCACCAAUGACAACAUACAUGUGUACAUACAACGCAAGGUCAGGCUAUUUGCUGGGUGCUGGAAACAUUACUCGCUCAGAACUUAGAUGCGAAUUCACUCGGACUUCAGAUAAGAAAUCCAUAUGCAGGUCACACAGUUCAUCCACAACUCUGGACUUUUCUAUCACUAACUUCUUUCUGACCUAGUAACGGUUUCAGCACCUGGUAAAAUAAUAGCCUGACUUCUGGCUCUAAGAGUGUUGUGGUCUCUUUUCACUCAAUUCCUUUUCUUAUCUAUAUACAUGGUGCUUUGCAGUUAUAUUACGCUUUCAACGCCAGUAUGGCCAGCUUCCACAGACUAACAAAAAUCCUAAGGAAAAGGAACAUUUAUUAGUGCUCAGAGAUGAAGUCAUGAAGGAGCUGAACCUCGACCAAACACUUCUUCCAGAUGAAUUUGCUAGGUAAGCAAACAAAACUUAUAAACAUAAAUUUGAGCAAUGAUAAAUCAAUUGACUCCUGAGAUACAGAUAUAUGGAUGAGCUUAAGAUUACUAAGUGUGAAAGAAUCAUGAACAUGUCUCCAGGGGAAACUGUAACUUUUUGUCUCUUUUUCUAAAUUCUAAACAUAAAAGCAUUUGUUUGUAGCUCAGGGUUACCUUCUAUUGUUAUAAUAAUAGUCAUUCCCUUUAUCAUUGUGGCAUAUCAUAGAAAAACUGUAGUCACCAAAAUUGUUGUUUACACAGUUCUCCCAUUCUAUAUUGAGUUUGCUUACAAAAGUAGAUUAUUGAACCUUUAUGACUGCUAUUCUCCAUUAAGUAAGUUUGUAUUUUUCCAGGUUUUUUGGCUCGAUAUGUCAAGUUUUCUGCGAGAGAUUAGGGUGGUAUUGUCAAGCAGAAUAACAACUGUAUGCUAGGUUUCCUUAGCAUAGUGACAGCCAAGUAAUAAAUGUGAUAAAGCGAUUAACAUACUCAUUUUCAUUAAAAAAAAAACUUUGCCCAUAAAAAUGUACCUUCAAACAUUUCUCUUGACAGGCUUCAUUUUUAAAAAUGUCUCUCCAGUAUUGUUUUCAUAAAAAAAUGAGGGGAUUGUUAAGUGGCGAAUUUACAACUUGGUAAUUUAUUUGAAUUUAAUAGCCAUUGUACAGCACAAGUGAGUCCAGUGUGUGCUAUUGUUGGCGGCGUUGUGGGACAAGAAGUUGUGAAGGUAUAAAGAUAAUAAUUUUUAAUGAGGUUCUGCUUUAAUGUUUUGGUUUAAGGCGACAGCCGACAUUUUGCCAGGCCACGACUGGUUCCCCCCUAAGUGACAUCUGAGAAAUGACCAUAGAAAUUCCAUACUGAUGACAUGUCACUACCCAUGUCUGGGUAGCACUUCUGAUUAGUUAAGGCAAAUUUCCCAUGCGGCACAACCAAUCAGAAGCACUACCAAGAUCUGGGUAGUGACAGAUCAUCAGUAUGGAAUUUCUUCACUUGUUUCUCAGACAUCAUUUCACAGGGAAACCAGUAGUGGCAUCACGAAAUGUCAGCUGUUUUCUCAAUUGAGCUAAUAAUGAAAGAAGGAAUUAAAAUUAAAAGGAAUAUCAAUAAGACAGCUAAUUUUGACCCUUUCACCUUGAGACCAAGAUAUGUUGAGAUGAUUUGUCGCCAAAUUCUAUGGUGUUACCAUUCAAAUAAAACUCUUUGGCAAAACUUUUCCAUUGUGCUACUUCUUUGGAUUUUACUAAAAGGAAUUUCCAAUUUUUGUGAAUUAUUUAAUUUGAGCUUUCAUUGAAAUUAAAACGAAUGUUGUUGAAAAUGCCAAAUCAUAAGACAGAGAGUAAAAUCAAACUGCUCUAACCACACACCUUACAAGACCUUGUCGGAUGCCUUUAUCAAUCUUACUGUAAGUGGAGCCAUUUUCUAGUUUCGUUUGUAGCAAACACCCUUAGUGUUAGUAAUGUUAAAAACAUAUAGUAUGAUUUUUGUUUGUUUGUUUGUUUUCUGAAAUUGUGUCAAUUUUUGUAGGCAGUCUCUGGAAAAGAUGCUCCAUUAAAUAACUUCUUCUUCUACGAUGGUUUAGAGGGGCAUGGAAGUGUAGAGUGCUUCAAGUGAUGUUUUCAGAAACUGUUGUAUAGUGUCCAGAACAUUUAAGUAUGGAGAUACCGAGAGCCAUUCUACUACAAACAGUGAAGUUUAAAUUUAACAUUCAGUGGCUGUAAGUGAACAUUAUGAGUACUGAGGUGAUCACUGCUGAAGUACUUCAGUGAAUAACUUGCAUCUGGGAUAAUAGACAUCAAAAUAAUACUAUUCAAGUUGCUUCCCAAAGGCCACUGUAUACGGUAGCAUUUUGAUGCAUGCA